AUUAGAAAAACAAAAAAGAUGAAACGAUUCUUUUGGUUCUUCUUCGAUCUUCUUCCCUUUCCCUAACUCUCUGCCCCUUCAUCUCCUCCUCUCCCCCUCUCCCCGACCUCCGUCCUUCUCUUCUUUUUUCUCUCUUUUUUGAUACCCGAAUUCAGUUUCUCUAGAAGAACCCAAUAUGGUUCUCAUUCUCCUAAAUCUGGUUCGAUUGAACAAGGAGGAUUGGAACCUAAAUUUUGAAAUACUAGGCUGUCAAAUUGCGGAUUCUUUGUCCAUGCUAGAAAGAUGGAAUUUCUGGAAGAGACACUGUGUUCGUUGAAUGGGGUGAACUGUGCGGCGAUGGGAACAACAGAUGUUUAUUCUCGAGUCAUCGGUUUGUCUCUUACAAAUGCUCGUCUUCUGGGUUCAAUUCUUGCGGAUUUGGGUAUAUGACUGAGUACUUGCAAAUUUGCUUUUCAAUCUUUGGUUUUUAGAUUUAUCAAUCAAUUUGUUGGACCACCAAAAAAUCUGUUGUUGUUGAAGGAAGAGAAGAAAAACUGUUAGAUCUAAAAUUGAUGAAUUUGGGGAAGUGGAAGGGGAAGAGGAAAACCAGGUGAAUUAUUGAGUCCAAGGGUUCAUAAUAAGGAAGAGUGGUCAAUUUUGGGCAAUUUAACUGAUGAUUUGUUGGUUGAAAUUCUACGCCGUUUCCCAGCUAAGUCGCUAAUAAGAUCCAAGUGUGUUUGUAAAUUAUGGUGCCGCCUAAUAACUGAUGUUUGCGUGCCCAAGCGCUGGUCUUUUAUUCCAAUUUCUAGCUUACUUUAUGAAGGGUGUACACACGCAUUCAAUAUGCUUCCAAGCUUCCAUACCGGAUGGAUAAUCAGCUCCUGUUCAAGCUAAACACAGGAUUUGUGAAGUCUUUUUCUGCUCUGAUGCUAUUUGAGCCCAAAAUUGGAGAUCUGCUUGACUGUUGCAAUGUUUCCCUCAGUACUACGUAUGCAACCCUACAACCAAACAAUUGGUUGAGAUACCCCAUGAUAGUACACAUGACACAGCUGUUUAUCACAGUAACUCUUGAUGUAUUUUCAUCUGAGUGUGGGAAGUGGCUUCGCCAUCCAAUGACCUUAGAGACUACAGUUAAGGUUGCUAGGUGGAUCAAGCGCAGCUUUUAUUUGAAUGGUGUUUUGUACAGGUGAUCUCACUUGAACACCUUUUUCAUUUUGACCUCAAUGAGUUGAAUGUUUGUACUACUGAGGUUCCAAAGAAGGAUAAAACGGAUGUAUAAGGUUUCAUUGGUGUCUCCAGGGGCUAUUUAUAUUAUUCAAAUCAUGAUGGCUCAACCUUGUUUGUUUGGGUGCUUCAGGUCCAACACAAAAUGAGCAUAUGGAUAUUGAAGCACACCAUAUGCAUAAAUGAUUUUGUCAAAGACUGCUACAGAGGAAUAUGGUGCAUUGUUGAGAAACCUUCAUGGUUUAAGCAAUAAGCAUUGGAUCCAAACUCUGAAGUAAUUUUCACUGGGGUUAACAGAGGAGUUUUUAGGUAUAAUCCUGACAAGAAGACAUUGGAAUUGGUUUAUUCUGUGAUUCCAGAUGAAGGAAUAUUCGCUGGUGAUUGUGCUGUGUUUACAUAUACUCGUUGCCUGCUGAAUUUGAAAGGCUGCAGGCCUGUUCCCUAGCUGUUUUUACUAGGACUUGUUUUUUAUUUUCCCUUUUUACAUAAAGUUUUAUGUUCUUGUCUGUUUUUUUUUCAUUUUAUAAAUGUAACUAGUUUGGAUAGUCUUGUUGAUGGUAAUAGUUAUGAAAUAAAGCAUUUGCUGAAAAGUGAUUGAGUUGUUAUACCUCUUUCUUAUCAGAUUCCAUCCUUGUUGAUUCUUGAUUUUGGAAAUAUUUAGAUUCUUCUUGUCCUUGCCUUCACCAAUGAGCAUUCAAUGAUGCAGAACUGGUGUCCAUGGUAACAUGUAAUGUAACAUGAAAUGAGCUUGUUAUUUUAAGUAAUUUUCAUUUUGGUUAGCAUAACAUUAUUAUCACUUUAGUUUUAUUGUAAAGUGAUUAUCAUACGUUGGUACUGGUUUAUUCUCAGAAGUCAGACCAGGGAAUACUCUAGAGCCAUUUUACCAUGUUUACCUUAAAUCCUUGCUCAGUUAUUUUGACAGAUUGCAGAUGUGUUGC